AUGUGCAGUGACUCUUAAAUUACUAAAAUGCAACCGCAAUCAUCUGUAGCCCCAAGAAAGCUGCCAGUCUUCGUAUUUCCUCAAAAUGUUGUAUUUUAUCUUGAGGAUCAGUCGACACACAAGCAAAUUUUAACAUUAUACAAUCCUUAUGAUUUUCCGGUAAAAUUUAAAGUUUUCUGCACUGCACCAAACAAAUAUGUAGUGGUGGAUCCAGAAGGAAUUAUCAAGGCUAGAUGUUGUGUGGACAUUGUAAUUCGGCAUAUGGCUUUAACACCACUUAACUGUACCAUCGACAAGUUUAGAAUACAAAUGCUUGAUCAUCCUUCAAAGCAAAUCAUAGGAAAAAGAGAUAUUGAAGCUAGGGUUAUUGCUGGAUUUCCAGAACCUGCAGAAAGAGCAACUCCUGAUCCGGAUUUGUUUCAGCAACUUCCAAAUACUGGGAAAAAUCAGCAGUCUUAUGCUGUGAUAUCCCACAAUAAACCAAUAAAUAAAGACACAAAUUAUGUAGCACUUUUAGCUGGCUUAGUUUGCAUUAUCGGAUUGUUAUUACCUACCGAAGGUGAUCAAAGUAAUCGAAUACCAGACUACCUUCAUCUAUCUAGCCAUAUUAAAUUGAUCCUAUCAUUUGUUUUGGGAAUGGUUACCAUAAUCGUCUUGAGGCUUUAACUGAUGUACAUUUUGUAAUGUUGAUAUUGAACUUGAAAUUUUGUAUACUUUUUAUAUACAAAAUUUGCUUCUGUGCGAUAUUUUAGCGUACUGUAUAAUAUUUUUGUAUGUGUCUAAAAGACCAAAUGUGAACAUUUUUUAAUAUUUACAAAACGAAAAACUUUCAUUUGUACAUAAUUACUUUGCGUCUAUAUGUAAAAAUAUUUUGUAAGAAAUAAAAUUUUAUAUUAAAAUGAAUUUUUCGAACAAAAAUAUUCAAGUAUUAUUGUUAGCCACGCAUAGAAAAUAUGAAACUC